ACCCAGAAUCCUCAGCGCCGAGGCAAGAUGGAAGAACCCAGCAGCUGCGGGAGAACAAUGUUUUGGCUCUAGAUAUUGAAACGGACAGCUGAGGGUGAACUACUCGAGCCUAAAUAGCAGGUCAUGGUCAUGCAACGAAUGACACUAAUUCCCACCCUAUAGUUUUCCUUCCCGCCGGCCUCCAUCAUGAACAUCGUUCAAGACAAACUAGGCAAUGAAUACCUGCGCUCAAACCAGAGCAUGGACUCCAAUUUCGGCCCUGGCAUGUUAAUGUUCAGCCACCUACCCCCGGUGACCAGCUUCACCCGGCUGGCCGCCCACUCCGUCAUGCAGGACCUGCCAUCACAAGAGAUGAUCCUGAAGAAGGAGCGUGACUCGCCUGACUGCAGCAUGGGCACCCAGGGUGGGCACAUGGGGUGUGCAGGGGUGGGAGACUAUGUUCACGCCAUGGGUAUUAAGCAGGAGAAGAUGUCAGAACACGAUUACCGCCUGCCAGUUUAUCCCGGAGGGCUGGGGAAGAGCACAGAGCUGCUGGAGGUGACAGUCAGUAACAACCAGAGCCUGCUGGUGCAUGAUCUCAACAUGGGCAACCUGCCGAGUCAGUUAGGAAAGGAGCCCACUGGGAGGAAAGGUCGAAGGUCAAAUGGUGAUGGACAGGAUGGUAAACCAAGAAAGAAGAGAAAUGAGGCAAAGCAAUCAAUGAUGCUGGAUGGAGAAGGAGGCAACAUGUCACCGGGGAACAAGCCUCACAUCUGUGAGCACUGCGCUGCAUCCUUCAGAAGCUCCUAUCACCUACGUAGACACGUCCUCAUCCACACAGGUGAAAGACCCUUCAGAUGCAAUCAGUGCAACAUGAGUUUCAUUCAGAAAUACCUUCUCCAGCGACAUGAGAAAAUCCACAGCGGAGAAAAGCCAUUCAGCUGUGACCAGUGUAACAUGCGUUUCAUUCAGAAGUACCACAUGGAGAGGCACAAGAGGACUCACAGCGGAGAGAAGCCCUACAGAUGUGAGACCUGCCAACAGUAUUUUUCUAGGACAGACCGACUGCUUAAGCACAAGCGAACCUGUGGAGAAGCCAUAAAGAAGGGGCUGGAUCCCGGGAUGAUGGAUCUGGGUUGUGUAGACUUGGGACAUGGCAGCUAUGGAAUAACUCAGGAAAACAUUGGGAAUAUUGGUAGGAAGAGAGGAAGGUCCAAAAAUAAUGGAGAGGGAGGGGAGCGCAAGAAAAAGAAGGGGGAUGGAGGAGGGUCGAGGGAACAGCACAUUCAAGGGGCUGUACCUGGGGGCUACAACAUCCAUGAUUACUCUGUCGAGAAUCCAACGGUAUCUUCCUCUACUGAGCCAGGACCCAGCAUGCAGCAGGGCCACCAUGCCCAGGCUCCAAAGAUGGCAUUCAAGAAGGCUAAUCGUAAGAGCCUUGAAAAGGGGGGUUUGGGACAGGCCAAAGCUGACUCGUUGGAGCAGAGCGGGGGCAUGGAUGGUCUUGGCCUCAUGCAAACCAAUGGAGCUAAAGUAGAGCCCACCACCAGCAGCAACUACGACGACGCCAUGCAGUUCAUCAAGAAAAGGCGCUACCUUCACGCAGCAAACAAUGCAAACUCAUCAGGGCCAGGGGUUGCUGGGAUAUCCAGCAGUGAGUAUGAUGUCGGUGUCGGCCACUUGUCUUCCCAGCAUUCUGUAAAUCACGGCGUUGUUUCCAGUGCCAUGGACAGUGACGCUCCUCUCUGUCUCGACAAGUCGGGCAUCCCAGACGAGGUGCUGCAGAGCAUCCUGGACCACUACACUCAGAAACCAGAGGGCUCGCACCACGACGUUCACUUUGACAUUGGCGACCAUCACGUGGAUCUGCACCCCGUCUCGAUAGACGGCGCUGACAUCGGCCACAGCGCCGACACCCCCAGCCCGUCUGGAGAGAAGACGGUCAUGAUGCACGAAUACUCUCGCUUCCUGCUGCAGGCGUUGGAGCGCACCAGCCACAGUGCCAGCUUCCCUCUGGGUCCUCCCGCCUCAGGACCCUUCACCAGUUCCCACCAAGGAACUCUCAUCUACGCUGACAAGAACAUCUACACUACGUCCCCGAUGGAGUGUGGGUACGGCCAGUCGGUGGCCUCGCCUUCGCUGCCCUCCUCUGUGCCAAAGUCUCACUUUGCGAUGCUGACAGGGUCCUCACCACAGCACAGCUUCCACCUGAGCGGCCUGGAGAACUCCACCCACCAGCAGCUCACCCCUUCUCAGGAGCUUACCGACCAGAUGGAGAAGCAGCACUCCUCCACUCCCCCCUCCUAUCAGAUCAGCCCAUCUGACCUGAGCCGCCAUAAGGAGCAGCUGCCCGGCAAGAACGGCACAGUUGUCUACCCUCUGGCCCCCUCGCAGGAUCUGGCCUCUCUGGACUCCUCAAAGCCUUCCUACCAGAUAGAAAACUUUGCCCAGGCCUUUGGCUCCCAGUUCAAGGCAGACGGCCGCGGCUUGUCUUACGGCACUGACAAUGGCGGGGAGGUGGAUCACAGGAUACGGACGCCUGUGUCUCAAUUCUCAGGGUAUAGUAGUUUGUUAUCUGAUGUCAAUGAGCCAGUAAGUACAGGUUCCAAAACUACAACAAGCCAAAGCUACAGAUGAGAUCCUGAGAGGGAGAGAACACUCGUUAAAGUGGAUGUUCUUGUUUGAAUCUUUUUUAGUGCUCCUAUUUUAUUAUUGUUAUUGUUGUUAUUAUUAUUAUUAUUUUUUAAGUGUCAUCUUUCUUUUAAUUAUACUGAUGCUCUAUUUUUGUGUGCCCAGUCCUCUCCCAACAAUAAGCCUGCGAGGCUUCUUGCAAAUGCAACUUUUUUUUAAGUAUCUGGUAUUUUUAAGUUAAAUAUGUAUUUACUGUUUAUUCUUGUCAUAUUAGUGGCAUUAGGACUGGUCAAGAAAUGAUGAACUGAAAGAACUUUUACUAAGUAGAGUUGCACCGGACUUUUUGCUUUUACAAUGAGCUGAAGUGUUUGAGCAAUCAACUUUACAAUUGUAAAAUAAUAAUGAACAUAACAAGGAUGGCAGGGAAUAGCCCAGAGUUGAAAUCGCAAAAAAAAAGUUGUUGUCUGUUACAAGGUUUAAAGUAUUACUCAGGAAAAAGUGAAAAAGGAGAAGCCUACGGGGUGCAGUGAGCGCUCUUUUCAGAAGUUAGUUUGCGACUUCAAAGAGGAUUUUUCUUAUGUUUUAUUACUUGUUGAAUGAGUGUGACACAAACAGACUGCUGCCAGCUCACAUGAGCACUGAAAACACUUUCUACUUGGCUAUAUAGAGAUUAUGGUACUUUCGUGUCAAUGUGAAACUCAUGUUUUCUUCAAUAAGGGCCAUAUAUAUAUAUCUAUAUAUAUUUAUAAGAAUAUAUAUUAAUGUAAAAACAGAUUUAAUCAUUCUGGGGAACUGCCAGUUGAAGUAGAGGAAGAAUGGGGGCGGGUUUGGGGGCUAAAUGUUGUCCUUGCUAUAUUUUUGGAGAGCAAAAGUGAUGUUGGGCUUUUAAUUGGCCAAUAGAGGUUGCUGUUGGACAGUGAUAGAAUGGCCUUCCCCUUUUCCUGCCCCCGCUUCUUCCUCGGUUCUCUUAUUUCUUUAAAAGAAUCCAAUUAGCACUUUGAGCCGUUUUUUCUUACAUUGCGUAAAUUACCGUGUCAGAUCAAGGAAGCUCAAACGUCAGGAAUGGACUGGCUUUUGGACAGAGAUGAGUUUGGGCAUAUGCAGAAGGGGUUUCUGGGUUGAACAUAUUUUCAAGGGGGUAUGAUGUGGAUACCCUUCGUUUUGGUGGCAUGGUUUCUAUGGGGAUGGUGGGCGGGGGGAGGCGGUUGCCGAGUUGAUAUGGAAAAGUGGGAUUUUUCAUUCAGAUUUUCUCUUUCUCCUUACUUUUAGGGAACAUUUAGAUUGGGGGGAGGGGGGACUUUUAAAAUAAAGUAACAUUUAAUCGGGAUAAUGUAAAUGUAAUUCAAACCUCUAGUUUUAGUUUUGACUUGUUACCCAACUUAGAAGCUUUUGCUUUCUUAUUGAAUUUGAUGACAAAUGUGUUAGUGAUGAAGUAUUUCUCAAGCUGUUACUGAGAGGCAGCCAUAUGCAUUACGAACUAAAAGGUGGCUGACCCAAAUGUUUGUAAGCAUUUAGAUAUCUCACAUAUGCUGGCAUUACCGAGCAUAUUUGUCCCAAUAGAAAUUGGGUGCCUAUUCCUGAGCAGUGCAGGUGCAAAAUAUUGUCUAGUAAAUGUAAAAUGUAAUUUCUCGCUGAUUUUUAAAUGUAUUUAUGCUGUACGAUUAUUUUGUAAAGACAACAAUAAGUACGCAGUCUUCCAUAGCUACAACUGUCCGAGUGCUGGACAUGAUAUCACUCUGCUGAAUGAGUCUUUGAACCCCUUUAUGCCCCAAUGGCCUGUUGUUUUAAGCAAUCAUUGAACAUGGCAGAGUGAAUGCAAUGCUGUAAUAUCUUAAAUAAUAUGUUGCCAUGCUGAAUGGUUGAGGCGUGAACAAGAAGUCGCCUCACAUAUACCUCAUAUCACAGUAACCCAGGGACGCAGGAGUGACGGUUUGAUGUAUGUAGCAGAAAUGCUGUUGUUUGUGUGUACAAAUAAGUCAUGUUUCUGUGUGACUAGUUUUAAACAUUUGUGUUCAUGACAUUUAUGUGACCCACUAAGACAUGAUGCUUAAGGGUUUCUGUAAUUGUCGGAAGCCAGCCAGUUUUCAGUCUCUUCAGUUCGACCUCUCUCCUCCAGAUCUGAUUUUCCAUAUUGUUUCAAUAUGCUUAUUGUUUACAAAACACUAAAUCUUGAAUGAAUUCUGACCCCUGUAUACAUUUUAAUUUUAGUAUAUUUUCCCCCUCUUUUUUAUCACCGCCAAAUUUUGUAGCUGAUAUCUUCCAUUUUUAUUUUCUUCCAGCUUCUUGUGACACGUUUCACAAGACUGUACUUGUCCAAUGAAUUUAAAACUGAUUAGGGAGAAAAAAAUAAAAAAAAUACUGU